CUACAGUUUUGUGGAAAUUGAAAUAUGGGGUUAUGACCACAAUUACCUGGAAUUCUAAUACCUCUCAAAGCUGAUCAAUCUGCACUGAAUUUUUGUCUUGAGAACGAGAUUUAGACAAGUUAUUUAUAUCAACUUUAUCUGUCAAAGAUAAUGCAUAAUUGCAUAUUAAGUUUUCACAAAUUCUUGGAUUUCAGAGCUUGCCUUAAUAUUUGUUUGAAUUGUGAAGCUUUUUCUCAGUUUGUUGGCGUCCUAAGGGAGGUAGAGGUGAACCCCGGUGCUUUCAAUGGGUGAUUUCCUUAAACUUGAUACGGACAAAGUCAUUUCAUAUGGUGAUGAUCUCAUAGAAUGUUUAAAAAACAAAAGGGACCUCAAUAUGUUGAGACAAUCUGUAGAUGGAGUCCACAUGCUUCAAUCAUCUUGUGAAACAGAUUUCUCUGAGAUUAAGAACUUACUGGAAGCAGAGUACCAGACAAGGAUAACUGAGUGCAAGAAAAAGAUAGAUAAUGCAAAAUCUGAAGUUAUUGCUGAUGCAGAUAUUGACUCUCUUCAGAAAGAAUUUCUAGAGGAACUUAAUAAGGAGAAUAAACUUCGGGAGGAGCUUAGAAUUGUCAGUGAUGAGAUGAGUAAUCUGGAACAUCAGAGGGUUUCCAUUGAAGGACGAAAGCAAAUACUGAAGAAGAGAAAGAAAGAAGAAUUAAGGGCACAGAUGGAGCUCUCUAUGUAUGCAUCAGUGACAAAGAUUAUCCCAGAUCUGACUAACGAAACACAAAUUUCUGGCCGUAUCCUUUUCUCUGAGCAGCUAAUGUGGUGCCUUAAAAUUAGCUAAUCUGCUCGUUAUCUUCUUGUUGCUUUGUUUAUUUGUGAUUCAGAUGAGCUUGUGUUAUUAUCUGGCAAUUGCUUAUCCUUGAAACCGAUCUACAGAAAUUGUGGAUAG